CCAUGCUCACGUGCAACACAUGCAGGAAGACGGACCGAGACAUACUGUUCCCGUUCACCGCGGUGGCAAAGGAAGGAUGACAUCAUCCAUCAAAAUCGUGUCCUACCUCUUCUUUGUUGUAACUCUAUCACUAGCCCUCGCAUUGGGCUACCUACGGCAAAAUCCUGAAUUCAGGCAUCGCUGGUUUGCCAGCGUAUGUACGUGCCUGGUGUCCAACCAACCGGAGCAGCACGCGAUACGCUGCGACCUCCUGAAAGACGUGCGAGGAGACGUGCUUGAAUUAGGACCAGGACCCGCUACUAAUAUGGAAUGCUUUGAGGGCAAAACGAGCAUUACAUCUUACACGGGAAUCGAACCCAAUGUCUUUCUGCACGAAGUGUUUCGGAAUAAAACCGCGCACUUAUCUUUGCCCUUCCCCCUCGAACUCAAAACGCUGGAAGGCGAGCACUCCGGCUUGCCGGACGAAAUGUUUGACACAGUGGUCUUCACACACGUCUUGUGCAGCGUCCACAAUGCCACGCAGGUGCUAGCCGAAGUGGAUCGCGUCCUCAAACCGGGAGGGCGCGUCUUCUUCUUGGAGCAUAUCGCCAGCCCCCCCGGGUCAUGGAUGCGUUUUUUCCAGAAAACGAUCGAGCCCGUUUGGUCGGUUGCUUUGGAUGGUUGCAAAUUUCCCGAUACGCAUCUUCUCUUGGAACGGUUCAAAAAUCAAGGCAAGGAAGGAUUUGAGGUCAUGUAUCACUUCUUCGAUGCGCCCAUGCCCUUGGCUAUCGUAAAACCCCACCUGAUGGGCCACGCCGUGAAGAAAGGCAGGGAGGCCGGAGAGCAGUGAAAAAAUUGUGCAUGCACUUUUAUAAGGAAACCUAGCGUUCGGUGGUUUGUGUGACAAGAAAAGGUCAAAGGUGCGCGUCGGAAAUUACCCUCAAAAACCUACAGAUACAAAGCAA